AUGAACGCGAGUGAAAUUGAUUGGGAUAUGCACAAAUGGAAAUAUUACAAUAUUUCUAGCAAAACAAAGUCAAUUAUUUCUAGCGAAAACAUUUCUAGCGAAAUUUCGCAUGGCGGGUAUUUACACCACAGCGGGAACCUAGUACGGGCUUAUAAUCUGUACUUCCUCAUUGUGUCCGCAAUACUUAUUUUGCCAACUGUGAUAGGGAACUUACUCAUUCUUAUAUCUCUUGUGCGAUUUAGUCGGUUACGGCGAGUGAAGGCAUACAUCCUGGUGGGUAACUUAGCUCUGGCAGACUUACUGGUCGGAUUAAUCGCUCUGCCAAUGGACCUUUUAAGCCUCAGUUCAGCUAGGUUCUCCCAGUCGGUUGAGUUCUGCUACUGGCACGUGUGUUUCAUGUUCACAUAUGUAGGGAUGUCCGUCGUCAACCUUUUUGUGUUAUCCCUGGAGCGUUUCCAUGCCAUCGUGUACCCGUUUCAGCACGGUAAGAGGUUUACCAAACACCGGCUGUACAUUCUCAUGGCUUGCACCUGGUUAUCUAUGGGUCUGUUCGGAUUUUCUCCACUCUAUACCACGUUACCAGAAGUGGAAGAAAAUUCCUUUGACUGUAGAACAAAUGAAAUCCUUCCAUCUGGCUUCACAAUUACAUUUAACGCAAUAAUGCUGACAGCGCUAGUUGGAAGUACAGUAUUUUUCGUUAUAGUAGUGCGAAUAGCAAGGCACACGAUCACGCGUUUUAAAACCGUGGAGUCAAGUACAGACCAUCAAAGAAUCCGGCGCGAGAUUCGCCAUACACGCAACAUGGUGAUCAUCUCAGGACUGUUCAUCAUUUUCUGGGGCCCGUACUGUAUCAUCUCGUUCAUCCCGGGAGGCCCGCACAACCACAGGCUGAUGCUUGCCAAGAGUUGGAUCUCCAGCCUCGGUGUGAUCAACUGCUGUAUCAACUGGCUUGUGUACGGAGUCCGCAGCGCCACCUUCCGGGCCGCCUUCCUCAGCAUCCUCUCGUGUAAAUGUACCCGGAAACACUUCAACCUGCCCUUCUCCACAACAUGA